CGUGGGGUUUCCGGCCAGCUCAGCGUCGCUCCGCUGGUGUUGUGUUGGCUGGUUGUUGUUGGCUGCAGUGCAGUCGUGUUGUCACUUUACAACCUGUCAAAUAAACGCCGCUGCCUGCCAACUGUAACAUAUCCGGGACCGUGGAGAAACAGCUGAAAGAGCAGAGAAGAUGGUGCUGCUGACGAUGAUCGCUCGGCUGGCCGACGGUCUGCCGCUGGCCGCUUCAAUGCAGGAGGACGAGCAGUUGGGUCGAGAUCUUCAACAGUAUCAAAGUCAGGCAAAGCAGCUUUUCAGGAAACUCAAUGAUCAGAGUCCUUCGCGCUGCACUUUAGAGGCUGGCUCCAUGGCUUUUCACUAUCUUAUAGAGAAAGGAGUGUGCUACCUUGUGCUGUGUGAAGCCAGCUUUCCCAAGAAGCUAGCAUUUGCUUACCUAGAGGACCUGCAGGGGGAGUUUCACGAGCAGCAUGGAAAGAGAGUGCCUACAGUGUCCCGUCCGUACUCCUUCAUUGAAUUUGACACUUACAUUCAAAAAACCAAGAAGUCAUACAUCGACAGCCGAGCGAGAAGGAAUCUGGGCAGCAUCAACACAGAGCUCCAGGACGUGCAGAGGAUCAUGGUGGCCAACAUUGAAGAGGUUCUGCAGAGAGGAGAAGCACUCUCGGCACUAGACUCCAAGGCCAGCAACUUAUCCAGCCUGUCAAAAAAGUACAGGAGUGAUGCCAAGUAUCUGAACACCCGCUCCACCUAUGCCAAGCUGGCAGCAGGUGGCGUCUUUUUCAUCAUGCUCAUUGUGUAUGUGCGCUUCUGGUGGCUCUGAGGGAGGAAAGAGAAGACGGAGGAGGCACUGAAGUGGAAAAUGAGCCCCGCACAGUCUGCAGACGCUAAGAAAAGCUUUCACUUGCGACUAAAAACAGGAUCCCUUAACAAGACUUCACAGACACCCCACCCCCCCCCCCUUUUUGUUCUCGUCUGUCCGUGGAUAUGUGAUCUAAAUACAAAUUAUAUCGUAGUAUAUUGUUUUAUUAUAAUAAUUAUACAGUAAUGCUGAAGUAGCUGCCCUAGAUUGGAAAGGAAAUGAAUAAUGUGUGUGCAUGUGUGUGGGCUGAUUGUCUUUGAAUGUGAUUUUUCUUUUUCUUUUUUUUUUUUGGUGUGUGAGUGCAAAAAAAAAUCAAAUUUCCUGUUUUUUAAGUUUCCAAAGCAGUUCUGUACCGUAACAGGUGUGCCUGAUUUGACCUUGUAUGCACCUAAGAUUUCAGAUAAAAGAUAAUUUUACUGAUCCUGAUCACGUGACAUGGAUAGAACUGCUCAUUUAACAUAAACGGUUAUAGCGGGGACAAUGACAACAUGACAUUAAUCUUCAAGUAAAUGGAACUUUGUUUUAGUUUUUAAUACUGCAAGAAAAUCUUGGAAAUGCAACUUCAUUCUCCCGGUGUAGCAGGGAUUUUCUUUUCUCUACUUUGGAUAAAGAUACUAAAACUAACUGCAGUAAUUGAGAAGCAGGUCUGCAGUGUGGCUCUUUUAAUUUACUCAAUCCAGACUCUUAUUACACCUUUUUUUUUUAAUUUCUUUUCUUUUCAUUAAAGACAGUUGCAUGUGAGUUUUGUCUGCACCGUGCGUCACAAGGAUGCUCAUUAAAUUAUGACGACAGCACUCCCGGCGUGUAUUAUAUUUAUCGUAUUAUAGUCGACUAAGGAACAAGUUCAGUUAAUGAAUCACCACCACAGUGAUGAAGUCUCUAGAAUUUCUCCUCUUCACUCUUCAGUCUUCGUCGUAAUGUGUCAUGCAGCUAAUCUUUAUAAUCACAUUUGUAGAAGGAGGCUGGAAUAUUCAGAUUUACCGGUAUAUGUUUACCAUAAAUUCAACCAGGUCCAAUACCCUGAGUGUUGGUGGCUGUUGUUGAAAUAUUUGAUUUACUAAGAUAUUGGGAUCUGUGCUUUAUUACACCAUUUCAUGUUCUUUAUAUAAUGCUUUGAAUAGUUUGUAGUGAUUUGUUGUGUAAAUGAACAGAAACAGUGCAGGUAGAGUUAUUGGGACCCCUGAAGUUUAGAGAAACAAUACAAAUAAACCAGGUUGUAAGCACAAUGUUCAAAUUUACUGGACAAUAAAACCAACAAGAAAUUGUGUACAUAUAUACAUAUAUAUUAUAUGCCUCCAGCUAUAUGUUCUAGCUCUUUUCAGUUUGCAGGAGACUUUUUUUUUACUGUCCAUUUUUUCCCCCAAAGGUUUUCAUUGGAGUUUAGGUCAUUUUUGUGCAAGACCAUCUGUUUUCUUUCAACCAGUCUGGUGCGUGAUGUGCUCUUGAGAGCAUUGUUCAACUGAAGAAAAAAACAAAACAACCUUGACCUAGUUAUUUGAUGUUGAGUAAUUCAUUUCACACUAAAAUGAUUUAGUAAUCCCCUGAUUUCACGAUUUCCUCUGGUAGAAGCAACGUCCCAAAGCAAAAAUGCAGUCCAACGCCACAAAAUCAAAAUCUUUUUUUUUUUUCUUCUUUUAAACCUCUUGAGGUGUUAUCUUUUCUUUUUUGAGUUCACCUGCAGACAGACUGCUAUUGUGCCUUUCUGCCACCACUGGUUUCCUCUCAGCUUUUAAGUCGCUGAGCCCUACUUAGUUUGCAGCGUAUGGAAGGGGCUGAAACCACAGCUUGAGAUUGCUCAAAGUCAGACCAAAGCUUGUAAUAUGUCUGUCUGGUGUUUUCCACAAUCCACACCAACAUUUACACAUUUCAAGCAUUAGGUUUCUUAGGAGAAUCACAUCCUAGAAGCGUUGUAACAGUUUUUUAGGACUUGAGCUCGGCUUGAUGCCAUUACUGGUAAAACAGGGAUGACUGGAUUUUUUUUUGUUUAAUUAUAACUUUAUUGGGUUUAUUCAUCCAGACAUGUCUUCAUCAUUGGGGAGAAGGAACACACAAAAAACAAUCCGUGCUUUGAAAUUCAGGGUGUCAAUAAUUCUGUCCAGUACUGUAUUAAAUCUAACCUUGACAUGUUUUACACAGUGAGUCUGUCCUUGUUAAAGUAUCAGGCCUAUCCUGUUAAUGUUCUUUUGUGCAAGCAGGCAAUUACAGAAAGAACAGAUACCUGGUUGGGUCUUUAUUUUGUCUAUGAAGCUGAAAAUUGAAGUUGCAGUGGCGAAUAAAAUUUGAAAGUAGA